UUCACUUUCUCUCUCCUUUACCUUUCCUUUUCCCUUACCUCUGCAUACCCAGAUCUGGGUCUCUCUCAAACUUCAUCUUCUUCCUCUUUUCCUUCUUCCUUUCCCUGCUCAUCCUUCUUCUUUCUUCUUCUUUUUCUUUCUUUCUCUCUCUCUUCUACCUUCUUCUUUCUCUCUCAAACCCAAAUAUGGGUUUUUCUCAAAGAAUUUGUACAGAUCGAGGAUUUUCGGUAGCAGCUUGGAUGUCCCCCAAUUUGUACAGGGUCAAGGAUUCAAUUUCAUGUUGAAUCCCUUUGGAAGAUAUAAAAGGAGGGUAAUCUGAUGAAUCUGAGAAUUUUUGGAGUUGAGGCGGUGGCAGUGGUGGCCCAGGUUCAAGCGGUGGCAGUGGUGGCCUGGGUUCAAGCGGUGGCUUCGAUUUCUGAGAACGACGUUUGUUGGAAGUAAAAUAGAAACCUAAAGAGAUUGAGAAGGAGGAGCAAGCUGGCUGCCACAACGACACCCACGAACACCCAUUUUUUGGAAGAUUUAGAACAAUCUGUCGUCCGUUGUAUUUUUCCUCCCCUAUAUGAAUUGUCGGUUGGGUUUUAGUCUCCGUUUGUCUCUCUCCCUUGUCCCCGUUGCACCACACUUCGUAAAGAUUUCCCGUAAUUUUCGGCUUUGUUCCGUUAGGAAUGGCGUUCGUCUCGUUCGUCAGGAGAGUUCUUUUCACUUUGGUCUUCAUCUUUUCUGGUUGGCAAGAGUGAGCUUCAAUCCAGAUCUGCACUUCCUCUUUUGUUUUUUGUUUGAAAUUUUUGUACGUUUGGUUGCUGAGACAAAAAAGAGUGAGAAAAUUUGCUUUGUUGAGUUGGAUCUUUUGAGUUGUAGAUUUGGUAUUUGUUAGUUAACUUAAUCGAUUUUUGAAUCUCGAGUUUAUUUGAACUAUCAAGUGGUCCAUCCUCCAUGUUAUUUCAUUUUUUUCUGGCUAUUUUCUGUUUUCUUUUAAGGUCUUGUUUGGUUGCUGAGAAAAAGGUGAGAAAAUUUUGCUGCACAUUUUCUUGCUUUCAUAGCUCAGAUUCAAAAAGGUUAUGAAGAAAGUUUGAAGGUGCUGGGAGCUGAAAAGCUGGAGAAUGAAGAUUGAGAAAGCGGUCGCAACUCGCUCCUUUUCAAAUUGAAAUUGUCAUUUACAUAAGGAAAUUGAUGGGUUUUUGGGCUUUCAUUAUCCUUAUUAUUUUAGUUUGUUGGUGAUGAUUGCCGAUGGGUCUUUAGAGGCUCCAGUGUAUUUGUGUGUGGUGUUUGUGAAAAAAAUGUAGGAGCGGUAUGUUAAUGAAUAAAUUUGUUAGUU